AUGGAUUGGACAGAGUUUGAUAACGACAUCGUUUGUGUUUCUGUUGAGCGGAAGUCGGGAGUCGACAACAUGAUAAUCCGCUUACGCGCAAGUUAUUUGAGUUAAAUCGCCAUGAGCUAACUUCUCUCUUUGUUAUUGAAACUCUCAUGCGGAAUGCAAAAAUUUGUUGUUCCAUUUUUAAACAUUUGUGAAUAUAGAUUCACAUAGAUUUUUUUUUUGAAAUCAAAGUUAUUUUCUAGUUUAUUUCUGACACCUGACAACUUUGAGCUACUGUAUCAAUGCACUCUCAUUCAUAGCAAGGUCAAUUAAUUCCCUAUUUUAGAAUUUUCUACAAGUUUGCCCAAAAAAAGCUGUAUUAAAUUCUUUUACACUCUUCCCUUGGCGAAAAUUUUUGUAACAAAAGAUGAAUAAAAAAGUUUGAUAUGAGUUAUUUUGAAAAAUGAGAAAUUUAAAAAAAGAGGUACCCUACCAAAACAACUGACAACUGUUUAAAAAAAAUCAAGUCUGCAAAAGUAAGUGGUCACGUUCGUCCUUAGUCCUUCCCUCCUCGAAUUUCGAAGAGUUGAACGAUUUUCUUGAGUGAUCCAAGGAGAUUCCUGCGAGGAAAAUUUUCUUUUUUUUCUGGAACAGGCAGCUUCUUGCGUACGUGAAAACCGUAUUGUGAUUUUGAACGGCCAGAAUGGAAAGCAUCCUUUUUGGGCGGCGAAGAGCGUGCACGGAGUGUCGUCACGCCCCGCGGACAGGCGACGAGAACGGCGCUGCGACCAGUCGAAAGUCUGCGCCGCGCUGCUUUUCUUCCCGACCUUAACCAUUAGCUUAACCGGCAGCUGAUAGAAUCCGAGCUUCAUCUCGGAUUUAUUCGGGUCUUCAUGCCCAUGGCGCCUUCACCAGCGCUCGUCGGUCCUCCUUCUGUAUUCCCUCACCAUCAGUCUGCCUCUUUUUUCCAAGGAUCUGCCAGCUUCUUCGGCCUUCCGCAGAACUGGGAGCGACUUUGGUAAGUUUUGGAAAAAAACUUUGGUUGUUUUUUUUUUAAUUGAAGUCAUUUUUUUUCCUUUUCAUGUAACCACAAACUGAUUAACCCUGACUCCUGUAUUUUUUUAUCAUUUUUUUGUUUUUCUUUUGAUUAGUGGCAGCGUUUCUUUUUUCCUGUUUGAACGCAAAACUUCACGGCAUCCUUACUCGGACUAAUUAAAAGUUUUUGAAAGUUAUAAAGAGCUUAGCUAUAUCUUUCAUCGCGACUUCGAAUUUCCGAUUGAAGAUCAUUCUUGUUAAGAUAUCUUAUCCAAUAUUUUCUCUUCUUCUUCUACCUCGAAUUCUCUGAAAAUUUUUUACGUUUUUUUUAAUAUCUUCGGAGUGAAUUUCUGAAGUCUGAGGAAUAAAAUAAUUUCAAUUCCGAUUUCUUCUGUAUUGAGUUUCUAACUGUGUAGUGAAAGAUAAUCUUAUGAAUUAUUAAUGAGUAGAAACCAAGAAGAAGUUUUAAAAUUUACUCAAUACGAAACAUAUUUUUCUCAGUUAUUUUUUCUUUCUUCUAGUACAGUGCGCUUCUGGCUGCUACUACUUUAACAAUUUUCUGUCGAAGUUUUGAAUGCUUUCUUGAAUGGAAGUUUCCUCCUUUGUUGACUUUCCUGAAAAAGGCGUUCUUUUUUAUCUUUUCUUGCUUUUUUGCAUUUAUUAUUGGAGGAAUUCCCAAAUAUUUCUGAAAAAAACGUUAUUAUCAAAAAUGAAAACAAGGAAAAUUCCGAAUGAAUUCUCGCGGAGAAGCUUUCAACCGUAGAAAGUAUUGAGGUUUGCGAACGAAAAAUAGAACGCCAUGAUAUUAGUACUACUAGUAGUGUCCUUCGCCUCAUUUUUUUGUUGUGGCCUGGUCAAGAGUUUUCCACCGCACGCGACUUAAAUUGCACUAUACGUAUAGUAUGACCACCAGUAGCGCGGAAUGAUUUUUUCAUAUCUAAAAAAGAUUAACGAUCUAACUUUAUAUCGAUCAGUAUACGAACGUCUAAAAAAAGCAUAAUUCCCAUCAAGUUUUUUUGGAAAAAAAGAGUGUCGUCCGCCGGGAAAAAUAAGAGACGAAAAAAAUAACAGUGGCGACAGCAGAUCUCUUUCAGAUCCUUAUUUUUUUAAAAAUUAGAUCAAGAAAAAAAGAUUUCAUUUACAAAAAAAGCUCAGUAAAAUAAAGUUUAAAUGAAAUAAUCUCUUAGGGUAACUUGAAACAGUUCCGUCCGUUGGUCAUUUUUUAAACUCUGACCUGUUCUUCAUCUUUACAAACUUUUUUCUGCUUUUCAUAUGUACAGUUGAGGAAAAAAGUGAGCGAACAGGUUAGACUGAUCAUUUUUUUUAGAUUUCAACAUGAAAUCGUAACCUACUCGUCAUAUUUUUUUGGCAGUUUUGAAAGAAUAUCCGGAGUUCUGAUAGAAACGCAACCAAUUUCUUUCCCCUCAACUUUAAACGUUCUCAUGUGUUAUCUUGAGGGCCUCAGGCCACAAGAUAUGCAUCGAAAGGUCGAAACAGCUUGUUCUCGGCGCGGUCCUUCUAAAUGAGGAACUGUCCACCAUCCCUUUGCCCCUUUUUUUGAGUCCGAACUGCGUGACAGGCCAAGCAAACAGACUCAGUCAUUUUUGUUAGCUUUGUGUGAAUUAUCAACGCAAAGCACAAACAAAAUCGUCCACCGACGGGGCGCGAACCAAAAAAUGUGCUCAGGUUAGGUAUUGUUUUUCGAAACGUGCGAGCUCCGUCAAUAUUUCUCUAUUGUUUCAAGGACGUUCCAACGUCUGGAACUGUCUCACGUUUUUUCCUGAGUCUUCUAGAUAGAAGAACGUUCUAAAAAUAAGUCUAAGUAUGAGAUUCGAAAAAAAUGUCUUUAUAUAUUAAGUAACUUUUCACAAGUUACCGUAUUUGGUGACUGAAUUAAAACUUGCGAAAGUUAUCCAUAUAAGUUUACUUGAUUGGAGACGAAAAAUCCUCACAAAAAAACUUCAAAGUCCCUCUUUAAUCGUCAACCUGUAAUUUUUUUUUUUGCUAGCGAAGGUUUUUUUCCUUAUCUUAAGUUUAGGGCAAAGAACGUGUUGAUUUAAGCAAGCAGAAAACCUCCUUUUUUUCAUUAAAAUUAUUUCGAAACUGAUGAAACUGUAAAAAAACACAUUACUUCCAAGUUAUAAGCGAUUAUCCUGUUGAUCAGGAACCGAGAAAACCAAAGUUUCCAAUCAAUACUCACGAUCCCGCGAAAAAGUUUUAAUAUCCUCGGCAAACAGGCAAAACGGUAAAAAAAAAUGAAAAGAGAGGAAUGAAAACCAACGAAUCGGCUUACCGACACACGCUCGUAAUUAAAUGAUGGGAAAAGCGAAUAAACAGAAGAAGAAUGGUUGCUUUUCGAGAAGACGCGUGGAUUUUUGGCCGCUUUUUUCGUGAAAUUGGUCAAAUUGAAUCUAUCAUUUUGUCCCCUUCAUAAAUAAAAAGAUUGUGGUCAACUGUUUGAAUUUGUUUGAAAAAAAUGUUUGCAAUAAAAAAAUAAUUUUUUUGAAUUGUUUACAAAGGUUUUUGAUAAGAGUAUUACAAGUUUGUUUUAUGAAAAAAAUUUUUCAAAUUAGCUUAAUAAAAAAAUUCUGCAAGAUUUGUUCUUUCUCAACUUUUCAUUAACCUUUUUUUCUAGAGUGCAUAGAUUACCACUCUGAUGAAUUUCAAAUUCAUGUCUAUGAAUUGAUAGAAAAAGAUUUCUGAAACCUACUUUCGAAACUUACUGUUUCUCGAGAAUGGUUAAUGGAAAUUUCUCUACAGUGCUGUUUUUAAAAAUCUUUAAACUGAAAAUCAAUUUUGAUCCAUUCAGAAAGUUUUCGUUUUAAAAAGUUGGGCAAACCAAGGAGUAUUUCAUUUUUAAAAAUAAAAUGUAUGCUCAUACUGUAAUAAACCUACCAAAAGUAAUUUUGACCCAUAUCGAUCGAAAGCAAUGCGUAUUUCGCGGGUUUUUGGUUUGGCAACUGGCAGUUUGACGGAGAGGAAGUCAUGGCGACUGGGUCAGCGCUAUCGGUCCUUUCAUCUGUUCAUAGCCGCGGCCUUUCUUCUUACAGUAGCAUUCUCGACGAGUUCUUGUUUUUACUCGUUUCUCUUCUUGUAAUCCGUUCCCUAUUAGCUUUCUGACUCCUUUCCAUUCGCUUUAACGGUAUUAACGACCGCGGCUGAUGGAUUUUUCUUCUCAUUUCUUGUUUUCAUUAUCUCCGAUGAUUGGAUAUACGCGUUCCCUCGGAAUAAGACUUUUUAAGGAAGUUCAAAUUCGAAGGGAUGUAUCAAUUUACAGAAAAAUAAUUUUUUUCUAUAAUAUUUUUUUCUGAUAAGAGGUGAACCAGUUGAAACGACGGAGGGAAACAAAUAACCGACAAUAAACUGAUGUUUACAAUAAUUCAUGAAAGUCGAAAACUGCGCUGAUCUCUAACUUUUAGAAAACCAACUCUUUUAAGGUACGAAAACUAAAACUUCGAAGUCUUUUUCUUUUGAGAAAUUACUAGUUUUGCAUUUUGUAACGUUCGAACUUUUCUAACACUCAGGAUGCUUUUUUAAAAAAGAAGUUAUUAUCGAAAAAUGUUCGCAAAAAAAAAAAAAUGAAUUUUCUUUCAAAUUGUUCUUCACUACAGGAACUUUUCGGAAUUUUGUUGAAAUUCUCGUUAAAAAAAUAUAAAAAGUAAUUUGCCAGUAGCUUUUUGAACAACAUCUAGAUGCAAAUUUUCUGCAACCAUUUUUCUUUUUUGUGCUCUCAUUUGCGUCUCAAAGCAAUCGUCUUCUAGAAUUUGUUGCGAUGCCAAAGCUUAAAAUGCAUAGAAAGUGUUUGAAAAAAACCUUUUCACUGAUUUAUUUCUUCAAAUGCUUUUUCUAUUCUAAAUGCAACUGAUAAGGUUAGCGAUUGAAAUGUAUUUCUGAUGUGGGCGCUAAUCAAAAAAAGAAAACGUUAGUCACCAAAGUCGUACUUAUGAGUUACCCACUUCAUCUGUUUCAAAUUGUUUAAAUAAGUUUCCUUUGUUUGAAUACGAGUCCAUUUGCGCGUUCAUUUUCAAUGUUCCUUCCAUGAAAUAUUCCGUUUUUUUUCAGGCAAUCACGUGCUUCUGGAUCGAGUUCGUCACCUAGGAACUCGGUGUAUCAGCUCUCGCCUCAUAUGGCUGCUGCUGCAGCUCUGAGAAGAAGCUCCGAUUACGGUAAUAAUUUGAAUCGAAGACCAUCAAAGCCUUAAUAUAUUGUGAAAACGUGAAGUGUUUGAUAUUUGAAAAGCCUCAUUGAAGACUUUUCACGCAAGUAACUUUAUGUCGUAAAAAAUUUCGGAAAUCCUGAAAUUCACUCGAACUAACUUUUAAUGAUGAUCUGAGAUUGAUCGAGUCUCAGUAAAAAAAGCCUUCAAAGAACUGAUAGGCUUCCAUUCUAUUUAUGGCGAAGAAGUACAGAAAAAUAUCGACUUGGAAGUUUAACUAUCACCUCAUCUUGUCACAGUUUUCCUUAUCAGAUUUUUUUCAGUUUCUUAUCGAAUUUUCUUGAUUUAUUCCUUGAAUGGUUCGGAAUUUUUUUUUUGAAAUUUCAGACAUAGCCGAGUAUUGAAUUAUCCCUUGAACAAAGGUUGCGUUUUGUGAGGACUCGGUUGUUUAUGUAUGCAUUGUGGUCACUCGAAUCCAUAAUUGCUUCUCGACUGCCUUUCCAAAAUUCUUUCAACUCCCAGUUUCAACUUUCUUUCUCUUUCAUUUACUUUAGAAACAUAGUAUGUAGUAGUAGUAGUAUUUUGUUCGUCUGGGAGUUCAUUUGAUUAUUCUACUCUUGCCUUCAGAAAAUCUGCCUGCGGCCACUUUCUCUCCUCAUCUACCGCGUUUUAUUCUUUUCUUAUAGCUGCUGCAAUUUUUUUUUAUUUCGGCGACAUUUUUAUUUGGGAAACUGGCCGUAUAAAAAAAAAUGAAAAAGCUGAGAUUCGAUUUUUGUUUGAUUUUCAUCUUCAAGUUCCAGCAAGAAAACCACAUACGUCGAGUGCUUGAUUUUCUUACAUGUAUUCAUUUUUUUGAUUUGAUGAUUAUUUGAGGGAAUUGUUCGAAACUCCAUAUCAUUUUUGAAGAUUGUUUUAUUAUUUUACCUUUUGAACUUAGUCUUUCGAAACAAUUUCAAAAUUUUAGCGUGAAAGAUUUGCAAAAAUCAAAUUUCAAGCACAGUUUAAGGAGUUUUUUAUAAAAAAAAGUGUUAUAGUCGACCUCAGUAAAAUGAAAGAAAAAUCAUUGAUAAUUCAAAAAUAGUUGAAAAAACUCAAACCAUCUUAUAAUAGCGCCAAACGUUAAAACUCUCGGGUUAAUCAAUUUUUUGAUUAAUUUAAGAGAAAAACUGAAUCCUCGAAACCCUCUCAAAAAGUGACGGGAUAAUAAGACGCUGUCGGAGAGCGAAAAGAGGGAAUAAUCCUCUAUGAGGACGAGUUGACCUGAUUCCGGACGGCCGACAUACUUUUGUGAAGACAUUGAUUAGUGAAUGUUUUGUGAAUGAGUAAGUAGUAUUUGUCUACGCAACCGGCGGUCCGAGUUCGAGUUUCCCCUCACGCCCACCUUUUUGCAAUUUUCAGGUUUUUUACGAGAAAAAAAUGUUGGUUUUCGAAUUUUUGGAAUUGUCAAUAAGUUCUUAGUUCUUCGAAUUGCUCGCAGUUUUUGAUUUCAUGAUUUUUCGGCUUAAAUUUUCUUGAAUCUAACUUUUUGUCGAUGAUGAAUCACUUUUCUAUAAGUUUUAGAAACAAAGAAAAAACAUUAUAAAAUUAGCUUCUCAGUAUACAAUAAUCAACUCUUACAUAGUAAUGUCCGAUUGAGAAUGCUUAAUAUAUAAAUAAUAACUUUUCAAUUUCUUCACUUUAGUCUUAAGGGAAAAAAAUCAAGUUAAGAAAACGUUAUUCAAAAUAGAAAAUCAGGGACUCUCUUACUUUCGAUUUUUUUUUUGCUUCAAAAUUUGACCACUUCGGCCUAAAAAUGGAUUCUCUUCUUUUCCCUCGUUUCGAAGCUUUUCUAGUUUUGUGACAUAUUUUGAUCCAAUUUUAUUGAAACAGCAAUGCGUUAUGAAAUCUCAUUAUAUAUACAUUUUUUAUUUCUCCGCUGUUCGCUUUUAGAUUUUCAAGCACAUGCUCAUUCUCUUAGUGUGUAAGGACGUCAGCAGAAGUACUCUGCAUAGAGAUUUCAGGCCUAUUUUAUAAACUUUUUUUUGCUGUUUUUUUCAAAGGGAAUCAAAAUACCUCUGAAACGAAGUAGUUUAUGAGGUAGUAGAAGUAAGAGCAGAAAAAGUUGCAAAAGGCAGGACAGGCGCGUUUUUUACGAGUUGCACCCAGUGGCUCAUCGUGCUCACUUGUUGUUUUCACGGAUCGCUGGCUUGAGCUUCACCGCCAGAGAAAAAACGGCCGAAAUCCCUAGAAAGCCCGGCGUCGGUGUACAGCGGCCAUCGAUGAAUAUUUGAAUUGAAGCACAAUUGAUUGCAUCGGUUGUAUUUGCUUUGUGAGGCUUCUCCUGGCCACGUGCGUUCCCCACGAAUGGUCGGUUGAUUGCGACGUUUCAGUGCCUUUCGAGACUCCGGUCAGUACGUUUUGAUUCCUUUCAUGAGUUUCGAUGUCUCUUUUUGCUUUUUUGCCUUUAGAUCUUGUAUAAAGAAAAAGAGAGCCUGAAAGUUACUUUUUGAAACGUGAAGCCUACUAGCUGAGCGAAUGUUUCCGUGCUUGAAUAGUAUCUGGAAAACUGUAUUACUACAUCAACCUUUUGUUUGUAGAAAUCCAAAUACCGAAAGUUCCUAAAAAAAUACGAGAAACAAUUUUUCUUUUUUUUAUUAUUUUCAACAGUUGUAUUCAUUUUGAUAUGGAUAAAUAAGUGUCCAAGAUUUUUAAUUUUUUUGUUUCAAUAUAUUGCUACCUCAAUUGAGAGAAAAUAAAAAACAGAUGAAGAAAAACAAGAUACUUUGAAAAAGUUAGUUUUUGAAUGGGUUUUUCAUUUCAAUACUGAGAGCUUUUUCGUUUUCAAAAAAAGUAAAAAUUUCUGAUUUCAGUCGUGUUCCACGCGAACAGAUGUUUUUUUCUCUGAGCAAGGAUUUCACAUGAAACAUCUUGUUACAACUGGCUUAGAACAUCUGAAAGUGUAGCCUAUGGCUUUUUUUAACUAGAACUGAAGGAAUCUACUUUAUGGAAAGUAAAAAAACUAAAAAUCAGAAAAAGUCAUCAAAAAAAUAAAUUAUUAAGAUUCAAAUGAAAAAAAGCGCUACUUUUCUUUUUAUUGUCUCUUUCGAGUGAUUUUUUUCCGUAAAACUUCCGCCGUUCCCACAGCAACCCUCCAGCAUAUAUUUUUCUGUUUUUCCCGCUGAACUUCCGUCUAUUGAGCUUAGUGAAAAAGUUAUAAGUAAUCAUUCGAAAGGUAUUUAAUGGUUUUUUUGAUUCUUGCUAGAAAAAAAUUACUGAAAAAUCUCUUAACAUCGUUAAAAAAACUUUUUUUGUCAACUAGGCUUACUUUGAAUAAUUGGAAAUUUUUUUGAAGAACCUAAACCAAAAAAAUUUGUUGUAUUUCUAGCUUGAGAUUUAUAGUUUCACUGAGCAGGUUUCCUAAAAAAAGUGCAAAAAAAUCUUCAGAUUGUUAUAUAUCAAUUUCUGACUCAAUUGAGCUUUGAAAAAAAGGAGUAAAAAAAUCAGAAUUUCAAUUUUGGUUGACUAAGAUAGUUUGGAACUUGAGAACAGUAUUAUUAUAAAAAUAUUACUACAUUUUUCACAUCUUUACUAAAAUUUUAAAAUGAAAAAACGAAAACAUUUCGUUCUUCUCACCUCCAUUUUGUUGUUCUGUUCACAACAGACACGUCAAAAAAUGCACGUGUGACUUCCAAACCCGAGAGUUUGCGCCAGAUAAUUCCUCUGACGCCGACGAUCGAUUCGCUGUACCGUUCGAAGUUGGAAACUGAUGUGACGGGUUUCGUUGAAAGUAAUCUCUCUUUUUAUGAGGCUCCCAAAUGACAGUCUGGCAUUCAAAUUGUUUUUCGAUAGCUUCAGGGAACUUUUUUCCCGCUGUGAAGAGAAUACUCAUUCUCGUUUCUGCUGCCUCUCUGGAGAUUCCCGUUUUUUGCAGCAUUAGUGUACUGAUAUAAGUUUCGCAAUCACCGUUAAUUCUUCUCCAUUCGAACUAACUUCCUUCUCAUCGCAAUUCAUUGGUUCAUAAUUUUUAAAUUUAUGUAUUUUUAAACAUAACCAAGUCAUUUGGUUCAUAGAAAUUAAUUGUUUUUUUCUGAGAAAGAUAUUAUUUCGAGAAAUAGGCUCAAAACUCCCACCUGUUAGAUCUUAACCUCACAGCUUCAGUCGAUACAACCUCUUGAUGUUUGAAAGUGAACCCCAGCUUUUUAGAUGACGUAGUUUAUGUUUUUUUUGAUUUUUUUCAAAAAAAUAUAUUCACUAGGAAAUGUUCUGGAAAUUUUUUUAAAAAAACUUUGAAUGAAAAAUUGUCUGCCGAUGGGUCAAGUCUAUUUUUUUCGAAGCUGGACACCCUCCGGCGACUCAUCCUGGCCCCGUUUUCGGUCAUUUGUCAUUUUCGUCUCGCGCACUUCUUCCCGCUUCUUUUCUGUCUUUUUUGGUCAAAAAGUUGUCGCCGUUGUACUUUGUCUCGUGAAAUCUUUUAAUUUCCGAUUAUUUGAGAGAUGAGUUUUUUUAUAGAAGUAUAUGAAGAAAGGAAGAAAUAGACUGUAUACUUGUUGGUGAAAUUAAAAAUAGAAGCUAUUAUUUUUCAUUUCCUUUUUCAUUUAUCUCAAGGACUGCGAAAGCUUUAUUGUAUAUUCCUGACUAAUAUGCUUCUUUUUUGAACAUCACUGGGGUCUAAUUAUUUUCUUUCCAAAGAAAAUUCUGUUUUUCUUGAGGUUCAGUAGCUCAAAAUUUCCCUACUUUUUCAUGAAAAAUUGGAAAGCUUUCUUCAGGAUCGGCAGACACUGACUGCGGAGAGGCUGCUCAGUCGUCGGACAGCGACGCCAUUCCAACUCAUGAAGUAGACGUCCUCGCUAAAAUGGAACAACUCAAUAGGUAUCAUUUUUUUAAAGUUUUCAAUAGCUCAUAGAGGUAUUACAGUUUUUUUUCCUAUCAGAUUUGAAUUUUUGAAGUUCUGAAGAAUCUCAAAAACUUUUCCAUUGUUUUGCGAUGAUUGUUGAAAUUCCCUUUAUUACAACUUGAUCCCUGCGAAGUCAAAACAACGUAGAAAAAUCUCUUCAAGAGGCUCAAAUUUCACGUCGCUGCAAUGACCGGCUGUCCACCUUUGCCUUUUUUCCUCUAUUCCCACCUCUUUUUUCUCCUGACGACUUGGAGUUGACCACUUCACGAGACGGAUCGUGCGUGUGUUUGGGCUCGCCACGGAACUCUUUUGUGUGUUUCGCCGGGGGUCAACCAAAAACGUUUUUCCUUCCAUUCUUCAGUGUUCUCGGUUUCCCGCAAGCAGGCUUGCAGUGUUGCUCAAUACUUUGGAAAUUCGGGAACUAACUAUGAGGGACCUGAAAAGGACUUUCUUCUCUUAAAUUCAGCUCUGGAAAGCGAAAACACGUUGGCUGGUAAUGAAAAACCAGAUCAGCAGUAGAAAAGUAAUAUUUGCUUGUUGAAAAGAUAUCUUUGAAUGAAUUCUUCAAGUUUUUUUUUUCGGUUUGAAAUUUAUUUUCGCUGUUAAAAAUGAGAAAUUGAGAUUUAUUGAUUCAGGGGCUCCGCAGUCUCGGAAAACUUCGAAAAUCACUUUUUUUUUAGAUCAAAUGAGGAAGACUCGCGUAGUUUGACUUCUCGAAAAACAGGUUCCAGUGGAAGUCGGAAAGGAGCUCGAGAACCAACCCCUCCAGAAGACGAUGAAGUAUGACAAGAAAGAAAAACUUUGAUUCGCAUGACCUUAAUUUUCCAGGAAGAUCUUUGGUCUGUUUGGGGCGAACUCAUCAGAAAUUGGGAGUUUGAGGUUAAAAAGAGACCGACUCAUAUCAAGGUAAAAAUUUUCAUUGGAGUUUCAAAAACGAAUUUACUCAAGGACCUGGUGAAACGAGGUAUCCCGCAGCAUUUCCGAAUGAUUGCGUGGCAAUAUCUUUCGAACGCUUCCGUGUCAUCGAUCCAUGAAGUCUACAGCGACUACAUGCGGCAAUCUUCCGUUUUUGAGAAGGUCCCGCUGAUUUCGGAAACUGUAAAUUACGAAGUGAUCUGCAGGUCAUCCAAAGAGACAUUCCACGGACUUACCCUGAGCUCGAUUUUUUUAAAGAUGGCGGUCGUGGACAAUCUUUACUGUUCAACGUGAUCAAGGUGACAAAACUCAUCAACCAGAAUUAUCGACGAAAAAGUUUUAAGGCUUACUCAAUACAUGAUAAAGAAGUUGGCUAUUGUCAAGGAAGUGCCUUCAUCGUCGGGCUAUUAUUAUUACAGGUGACAUUUCCCUGAAAUUGAAUAACAUCUGAAAAGAUGUUCAGAUGCCUGAAGAGGAGGCUUUCGCCGUGUUGGUGCGAUUAAUGGAGAAUUACCGACUUCGCGAAUUGUACAAGCCAGCGAUGACCGAUUUGGGCUUGUGUAUGUUCCAGUUGGAGUGCCUCGUACAAGAACAGGUAAAGAACCAGAAAAACUUUUUCUUUUUUCUGAAUGCUGUAACAAUAAAUCACAAUAACUGAAAAUCACAAGUUACUCGGAAUUUUUCAGAUUUUACCUUGAUCGUUUGUGAGAUAAUAUGUUUUCAUGACUCUCCUUAUGGCUCAGUAAGAUAUGAACUAGUGAAAAAUUCCCAUAUGAUUUUUUGAGCGUAACUUCUUUAGCUUUAACGAAAUUUUUUGGGACACAUAUCAACUCGAGGGAACUUUAAGUGAUUUCUUUCGCUUUCUGAAAAAAAAUAUUCCUGAAACUCCCAUAUUUUUUAGCGUGUCCGCUUCAAAGAGCAUACUUACACCCCUUUCGCCCCUGACCUAUUCAAAUUUGAUCUAUAAAAACUGUCAUGAAGUCCAUUUUUAUAUCUUUUGAACACCUUUGGAGUUGAUGUUUUCGUUUUUAAUAUAGAAAAUUAAAAAUUUAAGAAACUGCAAUAAUUUUUAAACAGGAUUUUCGAUGAUUUCUUAUAAGUUUUUUUAGAUGCCCGACUUGUACACCCAUUUCAACAACAUGGGAUUCGACACCUCCAUGUACGCCUCGUCGUGGUUUUUGACUCUUUUCACCACCACAAUGCCACUCGAUAUUGCAAAUCGAAUCAUGGACUGUUUCCUCGUUGAGGUAAUUCUUCCUUCCAAAUGCAAUUCCAAAACACGUUUGUGUGUCAGGGAAUGGAUUUCAUAUUCUGCCUUGCAAUGGCGAUACUCCAACAGGCUCGGAUAGAGCUCCUUAGACUGGACAUGGAGGGGAUGCUCAAGGUAGUUGGAACAUCCAAACUGGUCUUAUCUUGUUCUCAGUAUUUUCAACGAGAAAUCAAGGAGCGAUAUGAGAACGAUCCCGACCUUUUGUUUGCCGUAGCCAAUCAAGUUCAGCUCAACCCAAAGCGUAUGAAAAGGUUUUUCAAGUCAGAAUUCAUUAAUGUCAGUUUUGAAAAUUUUUAGGUUAGAAAAAGACUACCUCGCCAAACGAACAAAAGAACAAGAAGAAGCCGUUGAAUUGAGAGUGAGUGAACGAUAUUUGCUGUCUGAGCUUCUGGUCGCAUUCGAAAUGGCUUACUGCGCGGAUUCCUCAUUUUUUUGUCGCUUUCGAUCAUUAAAUGAUGUGCUCACACAAACUUUGGAAAUAUUGAGAGUAAACUAGGAAUGCUCAAUUCAAUUUUAAUACGGACAAUUUUGCUACCAUGCCGCUCUCAGCCAUUCCAAAUGCGAUCGCGGCGUUAAAGAAGUAGUGACGCGUCAAAAAAACUGAGAAGUAAAAAAACAAAAAAAUUUUUAUUUUUCGUUAUUUUUUUGCCCGGAGGCAGUUGAUUGUUGCAAUUUUGUAAAAAAAUUUGUGAGUCAUACUAAAAAAAUUAGAAGAAAAAAAGUUUCAAAUUCAGAUUUUUUUUCUCAAAUUUGAUCUUGGCCUCGUCUCACUUGAAACAACGUAACCAGGAUUGCAUUUCUCGUACAAAAACAGGAAAAAGCUUUCCAGUUAUUAAGGGUCAGGUCGAAAUUUUUCCCAAUUUUUUUGGAUGUUAGUUCGUUCGUGAAGUUUACCAAAAUCUGGAAAUAAAACAAUUGACAUAGAAAAAAACUAAAUUAAAAUAAAUCACUUUUCUUUUUGUUUUCCAUGUCUUUCGAUCAAUUGAAGCCCAUCAACGUGAUUUGGGCAAUUGUUGAAAAUUGAGAAUCAAAAGAAGUUGUGUCUAAAAACAGCCCGAUGACUGUUUUUCCUGUGUCUCAUGAAACAUAACAGUGGAGGUGGCUGGCGUGUGGGAGUAGAACAAAAGAGGCGUGUCUUUUGCCACGCCCAUUCUGAAAACUGCCGUCAUUUCGCGUCCUCUGGCGCUCAUAGCACUGCAUAAAAUCAAAUUAUUGAUUUAAUUCGGUCUGAUCAAAAACAAAUAAUCCGAUUAGGUCUACUUUUUUCUGCUAUUGUCGAUUAUCAUGCAGUUGCGGCAACUGCGGCUUCGCAAAAAAUUCGUUUGGACCCGCAAGGUACUUUUUUUUUACUUAUUUUUUUGUUCUUACGUGCAUAUUGAGAUGAAUUUUUGUUGAAAAUCUAGUUGCUUGAUAUUUUUAAAAAAAUAAUUAAACUUCUCUUUUUCUGAAAAAAACUGUCUGAAAAACCACUACCUAAUCUUCAAUUUAUCUUUUACUUUUUGUUUUGGUAAUAACAAAAACUUUGAUCACUUCCUACUCUUUCAGUUGCGAUUCGAUGAAUUUCACUGUUUAAACUGAACUCCUAUAAUUAGCGCUUGCCGAUUUUCUCUGAGCUCUAUAAAUCUCUAAAAAGAAUCGCCUGGGAGGUGGUAUCAUUUUCUGUCAUAAUCUUCAAGCGCUCUCAAAAUCGCUUUCAAUAUUUUAAAUAGUCCAUACUUUCUGUGGAAUAGACUUGGAUCGAAAUAGUGAUUGCGCAAGAGAUCGAUAUUCCUCGAAUGGCUUUUCUCGUCUGCAGUCUUGUCUGAUUGAUUCAGCGAUUAGCGUUUUUCGUUCCUUCCACAAUUCGUCUCUAUCAUCGCACGUCUAUUCCUCUCCGUUCCUUCGCAUUGUCUCAAAGGCUGUCACUCAUGCACUGAAGACCCCAUAUUGGAUCCAUCAAAAUUUGGCAGCAAAGAAUGAAAGAGACAUUUGCGUUUGGAAAUUGGUCAAGGAAAAGCCGCUUGAAGAUUCGCACUUGACCCUUUUAGGGUCUGGUUAUCAUUUGUGAUGACAAUUGAGGCGCGCAAAAUCUUAAUGGAAUAUAGAUUAGGACUGGAAAUAUUAAAUUGUAAACUAAAAUUGAAAUAAUUUGCCUAAGCAUCAUUAUUUCAACUGUGCGAAGUUCGAGGAUUGGAAAAUCUUUUUUUUUUCUAGAAUUCCAACUCUAGUUCAGAUAACUUUUGAUUCUCUCAGAAGAAUUCAAAAAUUUUUGAUGUUCUUUCAAUGACGAUGCGCUUUGGUAAGAUCAAACACGUCCAACAGGAUAAUCACAACUCAGCUUGUCAAUAUGACUUGCAAAAAUGUGAUCUUAUCCCGUAGAGUCAAGUUUUGUUUGCCUUUGCUCGUGAGUUGGUAGCACGCGAUGGCGGGCGAACAGCCAACUCAAAUCGAAGAAAGCUGACUCUUUUCGUGACGAUUGUGCUCCAGGAGCUGUACUGACUUGAGAUGGUUUCGGGUUUCAUCAGCAAACUUUUGCUCCAGUUUUUUUUGCGUGUUUUUGAAGAAAACUUCUAGAAAAUAUCAAUUAGAAAUGAAGUUGAAGAUAAUUGAUGGAAAUUUGAGUGAAAAAGCAAAAAAACCUUUGAGAAAAAAAUAUGCUAAUUUCAUUUUUCGUAUUUUAUAAACAAUCCAAUUUUAGCUUCAACUUGUCUCGGUCGGAAGUAAUGAGUUUUUUUCACUUUCAGAAACAGCUGAAAUUUCGAACGAUUUGAAUAAAAAAAGCUUGUUUCAUAAGAUUACUGUUAGCUAUGCGAAAAAGUUUGAGCCUUUUUAUCUCAAAAAGGGCGACUGGAAAAGAUUAGAAAUUUCAGCUUUCAAUAAUGUUUUCCUCGGUUGAGAAAAUGCAUGCGCGAAAGUCAAUAACGAUUCAUAGCGAUCCGCACUCAAAAGCACUUGGGCGACACAAAAAUACAGCUUGUUCCUUCAGUGCCGCCAAAAAACGGCUUUUUCUAGAACUCGAGAUCCUUGUUGAUUGUUGUAUCCUACAAUUCGAUGAAAAACAAGAAUCGAUCAUUUUCGAAAAGCGUUUUUCUAUCUUUAUAUUUUACUUAUUUCAUGUUAUAAAAAUAACGGAUUUUCCGAAAGUAGUGCCAAAUAUUUGCGUCGAGAGCAAUCAAAAAAAUCGUUAUAAUCUGUUGAAAUUGUUUUGGCGGCCUUGAGUCCGCGAUUCGUUGGAAAUGCAUGCGAGUAAUCGUACCGAUGUCUUUUUUGGAAUGUUCAACUUUGACAAACGACCUGUCGCCCUUUUUCUUCUUUUAUACGUCAAACAAAACGAUCCAUCAAUUCGGGGUUCCUUUCAUCACAGAAGCCUGCAUUUCUCAAUUUACGUUCUUUUUCUCUCGAGGAAAUUGAGGAGAAAAUCGAUGAUUGGGGCAGUAGGAAAAGAAUGAAGUUUCUGAUGGAGAUCAAGGAUAACGAUGGAAGUUCCCAGAAGGGAAGAUUUUGAGAGGUGAUAAAAACUUCUUUCAGAGAUAGCUUGAAAGCGAUUUAAAACAUUUUUCUAAAGUGAAACUAGUACACUUGGAACCCUCUUGAAGAGUUUUCUCUCGAAAAACAGCUGUUUUCCCAGUUUUCGGUCGUCUUGUUUCUCUCCAGUUUGCGAACAGCAAGGCCCUGGGACAAAUGGAGGAGUAGUUGUACACUGAGCACACGGCUGUCUCAAGUCCCACUCAUCAUCUUCAGCCUCCAUUAAUUCGCAGCUCUUGCAGCGACAAUGGGAAAUGUGUCGCUUGAGGCGCGACCGACCCGUUGCAAUGAUCGAUUCUCUGUUGGAAGACACGACGAAAAAAAAUUUUGAAUUUCCAACGGAAGUUUUUAUGAGAAACUGUCUCGGGAAAGUAUCAGUUCUAUGAGUCACCUUGGAUAGUGAAAACUUGGAUGAUUCAUUUCCGCUCUAGCAUUAAUCAAUUUCGAUACAACAUAUGGCAGUCUAAGUUUGAAAUGGGAAACUUUAGAGGCAUUGAAAAUAUUUCCUUUAUUGAUUUUAAAAUUUACUGACACCUCAUAAAAAUUUUUGAAGUAUUGAUUUGAGAAUGAAUAAAUUUAGCAUAGCUUGAACAUUUUCUAGUCAAAAUCAUAAGAACUGUGUUAAAAAUUCAAAAAAAUAUGGUUCAUUUCAAACACAUAAAAUGACCCCCUGACAUUAUGGUCUCUUUUUAAUACCAGCUGCAUGGGCUAUAAACUGAAUCCUUCUAUUUUUUUUGUUUUAUAAACCAUCAAGCAAUAAACCAUGAACACCUGCUUAGUUUUAUUUUUCCAGAAAUUAUGUUAACAGCCGUUUUUCUUUUGUUCUCACUUCAUUAACUGCCAAGUUUGGUCAAAUACUGAAAAGUUCACCGUUUUUUAAAAUUAUUCGAAGUUCUCCAAAUGAAAUUUCUCGAGUUUAACGGGAAAGCUAAUGAUUGAAAAGUUGGGAGCUGAAAUAGGCAUUUUUUCAACUACUUUUCAUACUCUCGACUAGCGCUUACUUUGUUACCGGGUCGGUAGUGUCACGGCCGGAACAGCAAUUCAUCGGAUUAGUCAUUUGAAGCCCCGAGGCGUGACGAGCGACCGACCGGCCCCUUGAUUGCGGGAGGUGUCGCACAAAAGCCGACGCUCCACGUGUGUAUGGAACUGUGCGCCAAAGUGAACAAGACUUGUCGUGUUUGUCAAUGCAACACACGCGCAAAUAUACAGCAACAGCAACUGUCGAUUAUACACAAUAAAAAAUACCUUGGGAAGCCUCAUCUGGCUCGUUGGGAGCUACUAAAGAAAUCCCUGUUGAAGACUUUUUUUUAGUCAAUUCCAUCUAAGUGAAGCAUCAAUAAUUGCAAAACAGGAUAGGUCUGCAAAGCAGGUCGUUAUAGAGCACUGACAGCAUGAAAUUUUUGAAAUUAUCAAAACUUGAUAACGGUAAUUGAUAACCAUUAUGAGCACCUUUGGAAAAAAAACUCUACAAUAGAAAGACUUCGAUUCUUAAAAAAUUUAUGAACAAAAACUAUCUUUCUCAUUUCAGCGCCUGAGAACGGAAAAUCGGCUGCUGAGGCAAAGAAUCGAGUACCUUGAAGCUGAGUCAGCCGCCUUAGCCGACCGGUUGAUCCGUGGACAGGUAGGAGUUAGCAUUUUUCUUGAAUAUUAGUCCAUAUUUCUAGGUGAACCUGGCACAAGAAGCGGAAAAUUGCAUCAAUAUUGCUCAUGAGCUCAGCAAGCUACGGGAUAUGAACACAGACGCCCAUCGGAAGCUUGAAGAUGCUUACGAAACUAUCAGGUCUUUUUAAAUGUCGAUCUGAAAAAGAAAACUGAUUGAGCUGAGAAUUCGUUCUGUUCCAUUGGAACAGUUCAUUGGAAGCAGAACGUUCAUUGAAAUUUUUCGAUUUUUCAGACUGAAUCAAAGACACCUGUACAUUCUAAUAAUAGACGAAUCUUGUUUGUUAGAGCCCGUCUGAGCUCUUGCGGCAUGUCACAAUUUGAAAUUAGCAGAAGUAUGAAAUAAAACAUAGAAUAAAUAAAGAAUGAAGAAAACUAUAAAGGUCCACGAAAAAGAUGAACAAGAUCCCUGAAGGGCGGAGAAAAAUCAAUUAAAACCAAAAAGCUUUUACUAGGAAAAGGUUUUAGCCCCCGGCGGAGCUACUGGUGAAAAUUUUAGGGAGCGUACAUUAGAACUUUUUGAUUCUGAAACGAGAAAAAAUUUUUGAAAUAAAUCUGGUUUCAAGGUUGAAAAGCUUAAAAAUAGCGUUUCCCUGUCGUAAUUUAGACACUUUGCAAAGUUUUGCGGUCGUGGCUCAUAAAUGAUAAUCUGAUUUUUAAUUUCUGCAGAGAUCUGUCCUGUACGCGCAAGGAGAACAUCACCGACACGGCGACGCAGGUCGACGACACGAGUAUGAUCGAGCAUAUCCAUUCGCUGCAGCAGGAACUCAUUGAGGCCCACACCCGUCAAGCCGAUUCUGAAAACGCUUUGCGCGACGCCAAACAAAGAGUUUCGGUGAGGGUUUUGGAUAUUUAUGAAGCAGAAAUCAGAAAUCGAGCUCUAAAACUUCCAAGUCAAAACUCACUCAAAAGUUUUUUUUAAGUUCUCUUUGAAAGGUUUCAGCUCAGUUUGUGAAAGGCUGUGAAAAACUCGCAAGUUCAUAUUUUUGGCCGCUGACUAACUCCUCAAUGGAUGCAUUUAAAAAAAAAUAAGACAUGAAAUCAUUGAUUUUGAUGUAAAUUGAAACGCAGAGGUCAAAGCAAAACUGAAUAAAAGAUGAAAAAGUUUUUCAGGAACUUGAAUCAGCCAACAAACGACUCCGAGAAAAUGAGCCAUCGGAAGGAAUUGCCGGUCUUCAAGAAGAGCUGAUAUCAGUCAAGAUGCGAGAAGCCGAAAGUAGUUUGGCUCUGAAAGAAAUGCGUCAACGGCUAGCCGAGUUAGAACAGUACUGGGCGGUGAGAUCAGGGGAAAAUCAGCUCGUUCUGAUGAUUAUUUAUUUUGAAGAAGUAUGUCCACGUGCGAGCUUUUGAUCCUUCUUCUGCGUCAAUCGAAAAAGACUCAACCUCUUCGGAUCCUCCGGCACAACAACCAUCUCCGCCUCUGACUUCAGCGAGGUUCGUUUAGAGUUUGUUCUUUUAAACUGCAAACAAAACUCAACAACUAGAGUCGAAGUUUUCUGAUCUCUUCAAACGCGACUAAGCACUAAAAAACAUUACUUUCAAUUCCUGGAUGGGAAAUUUUCUUUUUGUAGGGCGAGGUUGGCGAAAAUCACAGCGUCUUUGAUUGGCGGAUCGGUCGACGAUGGUGACAGCGGAAUCACUGUCCGAGAACUGGAAGAUCAGUUGAUGGGAGUUCGAAUCAAAGAGGCUGACACCAUGGCUGAGCUCAAGGAAAUGCGUCAAAAGGUAUUUUUUCACAAGAAAACAACUUCCGUGUUUUUCUUUUUGAGGUUUUGGAUUGUUCGUUUAUUUAGGAAGAGUUUUUUGUUUCCAUUCAGUCGAAAAAUCCUAAAGCCGUGCAAAAAAUGAUUCUAGGCACGUAUAUAAACAAAAUUUAGAAAUUUUACGAAGCUUAUAUCAUUGCACUUUCCAUUGUUGAAGCUGAAACUGGCUCAAAAUUUGAUUGCCUAAAAAUUUUAGCAUUUUCACAGAGUUCAUAUAUUGAAAAAAAUUUGAGUUGAAAAAAAGUUCGCUCUUUUUUUGAGGUUAUGGAGCUCGAAACUCAGAACCAUGUGUGUACAAAUCAACUGAAAAGACAGGACGAAGAAAUGCGGCGUGUUCGAGAAGAAAUGGACACUACUACAAAGGUUUUUCCUUUAUAGCUAAUUUAUCCGUCAGUCUUUUUUCCAGAAACGGAAAGAGUUGGAAGCGGCUUUGAGGACUGAAAAAGAGCGGAUGGUUCAGCGGGAAAGCGAACUCAACGAGCAAUGCAUCAACGAGAGGCUCAAGUAUUCAGAGGCGAUGCAGACUGUUCAGGACCUUCGAACCAGUAUCGCGCAAAUGGAACUCAAGGUAUUUCAUCAUUAAAAUUAGAAGUCUGAAGAACUUAACCAUUGCAAAAAUAGUUGGAGGUGUGAUUGAACUCUUUUUGGAUGACAGAUAGGAAUAGCCUCGGUGAUCAUCUGAAGUCGUUUUGCUUUUCUUUUUUGAUAUUUCGAGCGGAUGCAUUAUUUUUCGAAGUUUCUUACAUUCAGGAUCAGAGGGAAAAAGGCAUCUUACCAAAUCAGUUUUUUUGAAAGAUUCUAUGAAAGGUAAAAAAAAUUCUCUGUUAGCUCGAAAAAUUGAAAUUUUGCAAAUGAAAAAAUCACUUUAGAAAGCCGAGCGCUGGACGCAGAAUCAACUUCGUGGUAGCAGUGUCUGCGACGUUGAUGAUGACUCUGUAAGUUUUUGAAUAAGCAUUGAACACAAACGUAGGAAAGUUUUGCUAUCGCACCAUAAUUUCAAACUAUCUCUGCGCUCCAACUUCUUUUAACGACGAGAACAACGAAUAUUAGAGAUGGAACAAAAGUUCAAAUAUUGUGUUCGAGAGAGCUGGGAGAGGUCUGACUGCUAUACUAGUAAAUUCAGAAUGGUGUAAAUCACCGUCACGUAAAUUUUUGUGACUGUGAAUCACACUAUUCUCCCAAUGUUUCAUAACUUUUAAAUCACGACAAUUGGAAAUCUCUGAUAAAAGCCAGUCCCUCACUUUCAAAUUUCCAAAUUCAACUUAUUCCAAACAGUCCAAUCAUCAAGAUAUUUUUUCAGAAUUCCCAUGCUUCGGGUUGUUCCAACGGCGACGCCUUGUCUUUGGCUUCGGACGAAAUGAACGCCCUCAUUGCCGACAUGACCGUCCGGGUCCCUGUUCUGAGCGACCUCGCCGAAGAAAGUUCCGCGACUGAAACAGACGAACGUCCACGGUCCAAGGUACAUAAUUAAUUCUUUAUUCGGAAAAUUGAAAAUCUUUGUCUGGAACUCGUAUAUCUCAUUUAUUAUACUAGAAGAUAAACUUUUUUUAAUUAUUUAGUAAGCAGAUAAACUUUUUACCGCGCCUAUCAAUUCAAAAAGUCUUACCUGAAAAAUUUUUUUGCUAACAAGCUCUGAGCGAAAAUAAUUCAAUCCCAUGAGAUUUUCUAAAACUUAACGUUCGUAUUUUUGUUCCUUAUUUUUAGUAACAGACACAAUUGUUGUUAGGGCAGUUAAUUAAUUUGAAACACUCUUCAGAAAUCGCUUACUCUCAAAAUACUAAACCUCACUUUUGAACUCGUAAAGAAUGAACCGAUGUUUCAAAAAAGACGACAGAAAAAGUUUAGUGAAAAAAGCUGCAGGUGUUCAAAAAAGAGGGUCAAAACCGUGAGUUCGAAACGGCUGAAAAAAAAAGGCAGCGGAGGACGCGUCGUCUCUUUUUUUUGGCAAAAAUUUCAAAAAUGUUUUUGUUCUCCUCUCCCUUUUGAAAGUUUCAAACUUCACCCAAAGAAAAAAAAUGGAAGCAAUUGAAACAAUCUCUGAAACACCUAACAACUUAGAGCAAAUCAAACUUAAAUUUUUUUUCAUGGUUUUUUUUCCAGUUAAAGUUUCUUCUAAGUUCUCUUUUUUUCGAACCCUAAUCUUUUUGUUGCAGGAAAAGCACGACGGAAAUGACACAACCGAUUCUGGCUUGCAUCUGUCUGAUGGUCAGUAA